CGAGAUUUUCCCAUCAUGCUCCUUGCAAGUCUCCAUGUCCGCCUCAGCAGCUUCCGUGGCGCAGCAAUCACGCCGCCGCUGACGCGUCACUGGACUCCGCAGUUAAAGAUGGCUGCGAUGGAGCGGGCUCAAGUCAGGGAAGGGUUCCGGAUAUUUGUUCUUUGCCUGUGCUGGUACACGGUCAGCUCGGGCGGCAACAUCAUCAACAAGAUAAUCCUCAAUGGAUUCCCGUACCCGGUCACGGUGUCUCUCUUUCACAUUUUUUCUAUUGUCACCUUCCUCCCGCCGUUGUUGCGGGCAUGGGGAGUCCCCAAAACAGAACUCCCCAAGAGGUACUACUGGUGGACCAUUCUGCCUUUAGCUUUCGGAAAAUACUUCGCAUCGGUUUCGGCCCACUUCAGCAUAUGGAAGGUCCCCGUUUCAUAUGCGCACACUGUCAAAGCCACAAUGCCAAUUUGGGUUGUGCUCUUGUCAAGACUCAUCAUGAGGGAGAAGCAAACCACCAAGGUGUACGUAUCUCUGAUCCCCAUUAUUGGCGGAGUGCUGCUGGCAACGGCGACAGAGUUGUCCUUCGACGUUUCGGGCCUGAUCAGCGCUCUGGCCGCCACGCUUUGCUUCUCUCUGCAGAAUAUCUUCUCCAAAAAGGUGUUGCGUGACACACACAUCCACCACCUGCGGCUUCUCAACAUUUUGGGCUUCAAUGCUGUAAUAUUCAUGCUGCCCACCUGGGUGCUGAUUGACCUUUCCAUCUUUCUCGUGAAUGAUGAUCUGUGGGACAUGUCGGGAUGGACAAGAACCGUCAUUCUGCUGCUCAUCAGCGGUUUCUGCAACUUCGCUCAGAACGUCAUCGCCUUCAGCGUGCUCAGUCUGGUCAGCCCGCUCAGCUACGCCGUGGCAAAUGCGACCAAGAGGAUCAUGGUCAUCAGCAUCUCGCUUUUCAUGCUGCGCAACCCUGUCACGCUCACCAAUGUGCUGGGCAUGAUGACAGCCAUCGUCGGGGUCUUCCUCUAUAAUAAGGCCAAGUAUGACGCCAACCAAGAGAAGAAACUCCUGCCAAGCAGCAAGCAAGAUCUGGUGUCCUUUGACAACCCGGCGUUCCAAAAGCAUCAGGCCAACGGGUCAGUGCCUUUCUCCCAUGGUUCACUCCAGCAGGAGCAGCAGCACAGUUGGAAUAACGUGCUGACCGACCACUUCCAGUACAGUCGCCAAACCUACACGACAAACUCCAACAGCAACCAUCAGUAUGUGGUAUAAAAAAAGGGAAGCCGUCCUUGCUCCGGCAGGCUCUCACAGACAUUAGUGUGCAUGUGGAGGAGCCGCCGCCGCCGCAGCAGCAGCAAAAAUUCUCCUCCGGUGCACUCCACACAUGAGACUGUGUUGCACACAGGAAGAGCAAGACGUCUUUGUCAUAGAAAGGCCAGCGACUUGACCUCUCCCAUGCUCCCCCAUGUCGAAACCUUGCUGUGUUUUCCAGUCUGUUGCUUUGGUCCUGACUGUUUGAGUGGCUGGGCAUGCAACAACACUCAUAUCAGAUAUUUGCAGAUGGUUACACAACACGGAUUUUGAAUUGUUCAUUUUCCAAGGGAGCGAUGUCAUUUCCAACUGGGACCUCACACGCAACGUCUGUCACGUUACUUUUGGUAACAAACAAAAACAGAGUGGGAAGCCUUAAUAUUUUUGUUGUAGGCAUUUAGUUUUCUGGUGUCUUGGAAAGAGGAGGAACAAACUGUUGCAAGACAACACUUUCAAAGCUUCUUGUUUUGAGAUUUUUUUUUUUUUUUUAUAAAUAAAUGGAUGUGUAUAAAAUAUUAGCACAUGAAGUUGAGCCAACUGCAUCAGACACACACACACUCACACACAGAGCUAUCAUGUCCUAUCAGAAUUAAGUGCGAGACGAGUUCUCAUCCCCAGAACGGUUAGUGACCACUCUUUUCUUAUAAUACACCAACUCAUGGCAUCUGUCAUCAUUGGUUAGACAUGUUUGGGGGGAAAAAAAAGAAAGCAAUUUAGGUUUAUAAAACAAAGCUUCCUUGUAAAAUAUGCCAAUAGCUGCAACCUACAAGGAUAUACUUUUGUCCCCUAUUUCCAAAGGUCAUCGCUGUGUUAGAAGUGAGACCGAGGAAAAAGGAAAUGAAUCAGUCCAUUGAGAAUAUUCAAAUUACUCAUUGAUAUUUAUUCAUCAUCAAUGCUUCUCAGGCAGAGGGGGAUAUCCUCUGUCUUAUCAGGCCAAGUGUCAGCCUGAACCAAAGUUGCUUCGUCAUGUUUCUUAUUUUUUUCUCUCUCUCUUCUCUUCAAGCAGUCUCAUUUGCACACAUUGAAAGAACAAAAUGUUGAGUCGAGUGAGUCAAAGGUGUAAUGUCCCGUCUUUAAUAGUCACUGGAUAGACCUGGAAAGGGAUCAGAGGUUUGGUUUGUGCAAUAAACAACUGAACUGCCAACCACGGAUGACAUUAUACUCAAUUACAGUGUCACUCCAUCUACUGAUCGAGCAUUGCGUAUUUAUUUAUUUGAAAUCAUUUGGAUGCAGCAAUAUCAAGUGUGCUCCAAGUUUUUCUACUGUAUUUUCUAAUGCAAGUGUAUCAACGUUUGAAGUGAAUUUAUUUAGACUGCGUGCACAUUGGUUCUUACCAAAUAUGAUUGGCUGUAGUGCUUGUUGUUCUCGUCCGUUGAUUCCUGCCUGCCACGGUGUAGGGCUUACGUGUCUGCAAAACCUUUAACAGUCCACUCAAGAUAUCUGAAUGUCGCCGUUUGAAGUUUUUUCCCCGAUUUCUCUCCUACGUCUUUGGAUCGGCUUUUCCUGAUUUAAAAUGAGGAAUACGUGACUAAUUUGACUCAUGCGUAGCAGGAAGACAAGCAGGCUGAUUUAAAAGCAGCUUUGAAAGUGACAAAUGUUGCAAGGAAAAAAAUAAAUGGAACUUUGCAUUCAUUUUGCAUUGGUGUUGAUGUGUAAAUGAAAAUCGUCAGAAUGUUUUGUUUUGGCUCUCGGAUCCUGCAGGUGUACCUGCACCUGUGGCCAGAGUGUGUGAGUCAUGUUUGCAUUAAACAGGAAGUAAUCAUGAGGAAAACCACAGCCAAUCAUAAAUUGAAUUU